AUGUCCGGCAGCGGCAGCGGCAGUGUCAACACUUCCCCCAACGGGGAACCCCCCGAAACCGACCUCGACAGCAUCGGCCACCACUGCGACCUGGAAUACUGCCACCAACUCGACUUCCUCCCCUUCCGCUGCGCCUCCUGCAGGGGCGUGUUCUGCCUCGACCACCGCACCGAAUCCGCCCACCAGUGUCCUCGCGCGGGGGAAUGGGCCCGCAGCAGCAGCAGCGCCACCACCACCACCUCAACCCCAACCUCCGCCUCAACCUCCUCAACCCCCCCAACCAAACCAAAUAUCCACAACACAGCCCAAUGCAGCCACCUCGCCUGCAAAACCCUCAUCCACACCCUCUCCGAACCGGGCGUCCGGUGCCCCGAAUGUCGGAGGGAGUAUUGUCUCAAGCAUCGGUUGCGGGAGGGGCAUGCUUGCCAGCCUUUCCCCCGGAGUGGUGGUAAGGGGGGUGGGGGUGCUGGGCAAGGGCAAGAUACGCUGAAGUCGAUGUUCGCGCGGAGUCUAGGGGAUAAGAAUAAGGGGGCUACGGCUACGGCUACGGCUACGACUACGACUACGACUACCAAGAAAAGCAAGCCGGUCAAUCGCGCGAUGGCGGUCAACGCCCUCAAGCGCACGGCCAAGGGGGAUGCGGCUGUGCCUGCGGAGCGGAGGGUGUAUCUUUCUGUUGAGGCGGCGGCGGCGCCUACUAGGUCUGCUGCGGCGGCGGCGGCGGGGGCUGCGGGGGCAGGGGCAGCAGGGGCGUUUUGGUUCGAUGGGAAGUGGAAGGUCGGGCGGGUGCUGGAUGAUGCGGCGCGGAGGCUCGGGGUCGAGAAUGUUAAUAACCGCGUGGCUGGGGAGGAGGAGCGGCUGCGCGUGUUCCAUGUGGAUGGCGGGGUGUUUUUGGAGUUUGGCGAUACGUUGGGCGAGAAGGUGGUCGCUGGGGAUACGUUGGUUUUGUUGCGGGGGGCCGGGGUGAUUCUUUAG